GGUCGUCGAUAUUUAAAGGACGAUGCUAUUCCCUCUAUCUUUUCAUGGUCGGCAGCAUCCCCUAAGCGAAAAUCACCACGUAAGAGGUCACCAAGCGAUUCCGUAGCUCAUGAUCAGAAGCCAUCCUGCAGUAGCAAAAAUGACCGCAACUCGGAAAGUGAUGUGGAUCAAAUCAGCCAGUUACGUACGCACAUUGCUCAACUUGAACAAGAAAAGAAUAUGCUCCAACUUCACAAUAAACAUCUUUCGAAAACUGUCGAUGAACUUCUCGCAAACCAGUUUGGAAUAACAAAAUUUAUGGGUGAAGACUCGGACAUCAACUUUUACACCGGCUUCCCAAAUUAUCAAACACUACUGGCUUGCUACAAUUUCUUAAAUCCAGGGGAAAAUGGUGAGAACAUUGUUUACAUCACUAGUGCGAACGACGAGUUAGAGUUUCCGGCGUUUCCAACCAAUGAGAUUAACCGGGGAAACAAACCCGGCAGACGUCGGAAACUAAGUACUCUGGACGAGUUUUUUAUCGUCCUUAUCAGAAUGAGGCUUGGAUUAUUUGAACUUGAUUUGGCCCAUAGGUUCAGGGUACAUGUAUCUACAAUUAACAUUAAAUAUUGUACUUAA